AAUAUUAAUAAUCUGAUGGUCCGUGUGACGUCAGAGCUGGCCCUCCCCCUGGUAGAGGACAUCGGACCAUCUGUCCUGCUGUCUCUCUGUCCCUCCCUGCAGAGGAAGAUGCGGACCGUCCUGGCUCUGGUUGCCGCGGCGCUGGUCGCAGCUCAGGCCGAGCUGAUCGAUGACAUCCUGGGCAGCCUGUCCCGCGGGGUGUCCUUCCUGGAGCGGCAGCAUGAGCACAUCAACCUGGACGGGGCGGUGGGCUUCGUCAUGCUGCAGGCUGAGCUGAAGGAGGCGGUGCGGACUUGGCCUCACACCGACCCGCUCAGCUGGGCUCAGAGGACCACCGCCGUCACACUGCUGAAUCGUCUCGAUCAAAGCCUGGAGAAGGCGGUCGCCGCUCUCAAGCUGAAUGACCCCAAAUAUUACAGAGAGUUCGAGCCUCUGCUGACUUGGACGUUUUGGACGAUUCCUCAGGAGUGGCGCACCACUGAUCCCAGCCUGGUUUACCCGUCCACCCUGACAUCCGAGUGCUAUGAUGAGCAGCUCAGCGACAAGUGCCUGACUCUGCUGCUGGGGACCUGGAAGAUGAACGGGACGCCCUGCAUCGUCACCAAACCCUGCCGCGACACCAUGACUCGUUUCGGUUGUCCAUGUUACUCUCUGUCCCACCAGCUGCUCUACUUUAUGAUUGGCCGAAUGAAAGGAUGUAACAACUUGCUGAAAGGUGACACUCGAGCGUCCAGAGCCAACAUGACGGAACAGAACUACCAAGACAUCUUCUGCUCCAACAUGAUGAAGGCCAACCAGGACAUCGUCGCCAAUAGUUUAACCGAACAAACGGUUGACAUCUUCAUUGAAAACAUCCUAAUUUGUGGAUUAGCUGGAUUCUCUGAUUUCCACAAAACCGACUGGCUGCAGCACAUUCUCAGGCUGCAAGACGAUGAAGUCGGCUGUUUCGGGAGGGACAAGAGCUUCAUCUCGCAGAUUAUCGGAGAUGAGCUGCUGGAGCAGCUUCAGCCUCACAGGAGAGUCAAACGGAGGGAGAAGAUACUUCCAGACGGCUGCUCCAGCCACAUGACGGCGGUGGCGGUCGGCGCUCUGGGAGGAUACCUGAACUUUCACCUGACAGAGCAGGACAUCACCAAGAGGCCGCUGUCCUGAACUGAACUUAUCUCUGUUCAUUUUUUUAAAAAUGCUGCGACGUUUGUGUCUUUGUCCAAAUAAAACGGGAUUACAUUUAGUUCAUUCAGAAGUUAAAAUAAUGUCUUAUCUGAUAAAUAUUAAAUUGUGUCAGUUUUGACGCGAGAAAUAAUCCAUGUUGUUACCAAAUACUGCAUGCAUCCAUUGGUCUGUUUUAUUUACUGCCUUUUGUUUUAGAUUAGCUGUAAGAGAAAAGCUGCAGGACGUGUUUCUGGUUUUACUGACAGAAAAUGUUGUUGGUGAAAAUUCUGAGUCAUUC